GGAUAUUCCUGCGCGGGCCCAGUCUUCCACAGUGUCCCCAAGUCUUCCACAGUGUCCCCAAGUCUUCCACAGUGUCCCCAAGUCUUCCACAGUGUCCCCAAGUCUUCCCCAGUGCCCCCAAGUCUUCCCCAGUGCCCCCAAGUCUUCCCCAGUGCCCCCAAGUCUUCCCCAGUGCCCCCAAGUCUUCUCCAGUGCUCCCAAGUCUUCCCCAGUGCCCCCAAGUCUUCCCCAGUGCCCCAAAGUCUUCCCCAGUGCCCCCCAGUCUUCCCCAGUGCCCCCCAGUCUUCCCCAGUGCCCCCAAGUCUUCCCCAGUGCCCCCAAGUCUUCCCCAGUGCUCCCAAGUCUUCCCCAGUGCCUCCAAGUCUUCCCAGUGCCCCCAAGUCUUCCCCAGUGCCCCCAAGUCUUCCCCAGUGCCCCCAAGUCUUCCCCAGUGCCCCCAAGUCUUCCCCAGUGCCCCCCAAGUUUUCCCCAGUGCCCCCCAAGUCUUCCCCAGUGCCCCCAAGUCUUCCCCAGUGCCCCCCAAGUCUUCCCCAGUGCCCCCAAGUCUUCCCCAGUGCCCCCCAGUCUUCCCCAGUGCCCCCCAGUCUUCCCCAGUGCCCCCCAAUCUUCCCCAGUGCCCCCCAGUCUUCCCCAGUGCCCCCAAGUCUUCCCCAGUGCCCCCAAGUCUUCCCCAGUGCCUCCAAGUCUUCCCCAGUGCCCCCAAGUCUUCCCCAGUGCCCCCAAGUCUUCCCCAGUGCCCCCAAGUCUUCCCCAGUGCCUCCAAGUCUUCCCCAGUGCCCCCAAGUCUUCCCCAGUGCCCCCAAGUCUUCCCCAGUGCCCCCAAGUCUUCCCCAGUGCCCCAAGUCUUCCCCAGUGCCCCCAAGUUUUGCCCAGUGCCCUCCAGUCUUCCCCAGUGCCCCAAAAGUUGAAUUGGCACUCAUCUCACCCGGUGGCACAGUGCCUGGUGCUCCCUCGUGCAGUGGCACAGUGCCUGGCUCCCGCGACACUUCACACCAUGUAGAACAUAAUUGUAGUAGUAAUCGACAUUUUAUUGCAUAG